AUGGCUCAGAGAAACUACCCGAACGAGCCGGUGGUGAUUGUCGGAAGUGGGUGCCGCUUUCCCGGGGCUGCAAACACACCUUCAAAGUUAUGGGACCUCCUGAAAGAGCCUCGCGAUGUUCAGAGCAGGAUCCCAAAGGAAAGGUUUGAUGUCGACACGUUUUACCAUCCCGAUGGCACCCACCAUGGACGCACCAACGCGUCUUACGCGUAUUUUCUGAAGGAGGACUUGCAUGCCUUUGACGCACCUUUCUUCAACAUCCAAGCAGGAGAGGCAGAGAGCAUGGAUCCUCAGCAGCGGCUUCUGCUGGAGACGGUGUAUGAGGCUGUAUCCAACGCUGGAAUGCGGAUGCAGGACCUUCAGGGGUCGUCCACGGCUGUCUACGUCGGGAUGAUGACCCAUGACUACGAGACCACUUCGACACGCGAUUUGGAGAGUAUUCCCACUUACAGUGCCACGGGCGUGGCGGUGAGCAUUGCCUCGAAUCGCAUCUCCUACUUCUUUGACUGGCAUGGCCCGAGUAUGACGAUUGAUACAGCAUGCAGCUCAUCGUUGGCCGCCGUACAUCUUGCCGUGCAACAGCUUCGCAGUGGACAGAGCACCAUGGCCGUUGCCGCUGGCGCCAACUUGAUACUGGGCCCUAUGACGUUCGUCCUGGAGAGCAAACUGAACAUGCUGUCACCCUCGGGCAGGUCCCGCAUGUGGGAUGCUGGCGCUGACGGAUAUGCCAGAGGAGAAGCGGUGUGCUCUGUAGUCCUAAAGACAUUGAGUCAGGCCCUGAAAGACGGUGAUACGAUUGAAUGUGUCAUCAGGGAGACCGGUAUCAACCAGGACGGCCGGACAACGGGCAUCACCAUGCCUAACCACGACGCACAAGAGGCCCUCAUUCGCGCCACGUACGCAAGGGCAGGCCUGGACAUCAACAACCCCCAGGAACGCUGUCAGUUCUUCGAAGCGCACGGAACCGGUACACCGGCUGGAGAUCCGCAAGAAGCAAAUGCCAUUGCGUCUGCCUUCUUUGGGCAGGGAGACAACAGCAAUGCAGGCGAUGACCCUCUUUUCGUCGGAAGCAUCAAGACAAUCGUCGGUCAUACCGAAGGUACCGCCGGUAUUGCCGGCCUGCUCAAGGCCUGCUUGGCUGUGAAGCACGGUGUGAUCCCGCCGAACCUGUUGUUCAACAAGCUGAGCCCCCGCGUGGCUCCUUUCUACAACCAUCUGAAAAUAACGACCGAGGCCAUCCCUUGGCCGACAGUUGCACCUGGCCAGCCUCGAAGAGUCAGUGUCAACUCCUUCGGUAAGAGAUCACCGCCUUUGUCUAUCCCCAAGCAAGACAGAAAGAAGAAACAGCUAACCCAUGUUGGACACAUAGGUUUCGGUGGAACAAACGCGCACGCGAUUGUGGAGGAGUAUCUGGGCCCCGAUCAGAGCACGCCUCUAGCUGAACCUGUCGUAGAGGCAGAGGCAUCUUGCCUGCCUCUUGUUCUUUCGGCAAAAUCGAAGAAGUCGAUGAAAUCAACGCUCGAAAGCAUGAUUCAGUUUAUCGACACCCAACAGUUCAGCCUGCAAGAUCUGGCUUGCACCUUGCUCGAGGAGCGAUCCGUCUUGCCGUUUCGUCGCGCCAUCGUCGGGAACAACAAAGAGACCCUCCGACUCGCACUGGAGGCCGCCAUCGAGGACGGUGAAGUCUGGACCGACUUCAGCACCGACACCAAGGGCAAGCCUCGGGUGCUGGGUAUCUUCACAGGGCAGGGCGCGCAGUGGCCCGGAAUGCUGAAGAAGCUCCUGCUCGGUGUGCCAUACACCACACGCAUCAUCGAAGAGCUCGACGAAGCGCUGAGGACGCUCCCUGAGAAGUAUCGGCCAUCAUGGACCCUCUACGACCAGUUGAUGUUGGAGGGCGAGGCCUCCAACGUCAGGCAAGCCAGCUUCUCGCAGCCAUUAUGCUGCGCUGUGCAGAUCGUACUGGUCAGACUCCUCUCUGCCGCCGGCAUACAGUUCAACGCGGUGGUCGGCCACAGUUCGGGCGAGAUCGCCUGUGCCUUUGCGGCAGGAUUCAUCAGCGCUGCUCAAGCCAUCCGGAUCGCCUACCUUCGCGGCGUUGUGUCCGCCGAGCACGCCUCUUCGCCAAGCGGGCAACCUGGUGCCAUGUUGGCGGCAGGCAUGUCGUACGACGAUGCAAAAGAGCUUUGCGAAAUGGAGGCCUUUGAAGGCCGGGUCUGUGUCGCAGCCAGCAACUCACCCGACAGUGUGACCAUCUCUGGUGAUGCGGAUGCAAUCCAGCACGUGCAGGGUGUUCUGGAGGACGAAUCCACCUUCGCAAGGCUCUUGAAGGUCGACAAGGCCUACCACUCACAUCACAUGCUUCCUUGCGCGGUGCCCUACGUCCAGCUGUUGGAGGAAUGCGGUUGCGCCGUUGCCGAUGCCAGCCCAGCCCAGACCGGUCUUGUUUGGUAUUCAUCCGUCGACGAGACCAACAAGGAGAUGGCCGCAGAGGACGUUACCGCCGCUUAUUGGAAGGACAACCUCGUGUCUCCGGUCCUUUUCUCUCAUGCCGUCCAGAAGGCUGCCGUAACCUGCCGAGGGCUACAAGUUGGCAUCGAAGUCGGCUGCCACCCUGCUCUCAAGGGGCCUUGUCUCGCCACCGUCAAGGACACCCUCGACGGAACGGAGUUGCCGUAUACCGGGUGCCUUGAGAGAGGAGCCGACGACAUGACCGCUUUUUCACGAGGUCUCGGAUACCUCUGGGAGCGCUUUGGAGUCCCGAGUAUCGAUGCUACCGGCUUUGCAAAGGAAGUGUUACCUCAGCAACCUUUCCAGAGCCUGGCAAAGGUGCUGCCGCUGUACCCCUGGGAUCAUUCUCGCCGCUACUGGACCGAGUCGCGCUCUACGAGGGAGCAUCUUCGAGGGCAGCACCCUCACCUCCUGCUCGGGAAGCUGUCCUCCACCGCAUCGACGUUCCAGUGGAACAAUUUUGUGAGACCCCGCGACCUCGAGUGGUUGGACGGCCACGCCCUCCAAGGACAGACCGUCUUCCCUGCCGCUGGCUACAUCGUCAUGGCCAUGGAGGCCGCCAUGCGUGUGGCCAGCGACAACAACUACGAAGUGGAGCUUCUUGAGAUUGUGGACAUGGACAUCAGCAAGGCCGUGGUGUUCGAGGACGACAACAGCUUGGUCGAGCUUAACCUCUCGGCCAGCGUGACCAGCGAGCCCGGCCAGGACGGCAUCAUUACGCUCAAGUUCUUCAUCGACUCGUGUCUGUCCAAGGAGAGUGAGCUUUCGACUUCCGCCAAGGGAGAGAUCAUCAUCACGGUGGCUGACAAGCCAUCCUCGCCCGCCGGCGACGACAAGUCCGUCUUGCCGGCACCCGAGGAAGAGCACCCCCAAAUGAACAGGGUCAACGUCGAAUCCUUCUACAAGGAACUCGACCUGAUGGGCUACGACUACAGCAAAGACUUCCGCUGCCUGAAGACCAUGAGACGAGCCGACGCCAAAGCCACCGGCACGCUUGCUUUCCUCAAGUUGCAGGACGCCGGACGCGGCCAGCCUCUGCUGAUGCACCCGGCGCCCUUGGACAUCGCCUUCCAGACCGUCAUCGGGGCUUACUCGUCGCCGGGUGACCGACGUCUCCGAUCACUAUACGUCCCGACCCAUAUCGACAGAAUCUCCCUGGUCCCAUCGCUCUGCCUGGCGGCUGCUGAGUCCGGCGCAGACGAGCUCGCGUUCAACACCACCAACACGUAUGACAAGGGCGACUUCCUGAGCGGCGACAUCACCGUUUUUGGUCCCGAGAAGACGACGCUUCUCCAAGUCGAGAACAUCAUGUUCAAGCCGUUCUCCCCUCCGACAGCAUCCACAGACCAUCGCAUCUUUGCCAAGUGGUUCUGGAACCCGCUUACACAGGACAAGCUUCUGGACGAUCCGGCGCACUGGGCCACGGAACAGGAUAAGCAGGCCAUACCAAUCAUCGAACGCAUCGUCUACUUUUACAUCAAGUCCUUCCUCAACAAGCUCACCAGCGCCGACUACGACAGCGCUGCCCCCCACUUCAAGAGACAGAUUGACUGGUUCAAGCAUGUCCAGAACGAGGCCCGCAACGGAAACGACUUGUGGUAUGAUGUGUCUUGGGAGAACGACAGCUCUGCCGAGAUCCAGGAGUUAUGUGAGAGCAACUCCUACCACCCACAUGUUCGCCUCGUUCAGCGAGUUGGUGAGAACCUGUUCUCGGUCACCUGCCAGGGCCAGAGCCCGUUCGAUCUCAUGGACCACGACGGCUUGUUGACCGAGUUCUACACCAACAAGCUGAGUUUCGGCCCGGCCUUGUACUACGCCCGGGACCUGGUGGCCCAGAUCGCUCAUCGUUUCCAGUCCAUGGAUGUCCUCGAGAUCGGCGCGGGCACGGGCGGCGCUACGAAGCACAUUCUGUCAACGCCUCAGCUUGGGCUCAACAUUUACACGUACACCGACAUCUCGACCGACUUCUUCGAGCAGGCUCGCGCCAAGUUUGCCGAGUUCGACACGGAAGGGCUCAUGCAGUUCGAGUCUCUCGAUAUCCGUUCGAGCCCCGCAGAACAGGGCUUCAAGGAGCACUCGUAUGAUCUCAUCAUCGCGUCCAACGUCCUCCAUGCCACCCCCAAGCUCGAGGAGACCAUGGCACACGCCAGGUCGCUGCUAAAGCCGGGCGGUCACAUGGUCAUCCUUGAGAUCACCCACCGUGAGCAUAGCCGACUCGGUUUCCUCUUCGGCUUGUUCCCCGACUGGUGGGCCGGCGUUGACGACGGCCGGGUCUUGGAGCCGUUUGUCUCGUACGACCGGUGGGACGCCAUCCUGAAGCGUGUUGGGUUCUCGGGUAUCGAGAGCCGCACUCUCGAUCGAGAUGCCAACCUGUUCCCCACGUCCGUUUUCAGCACGUACGCCGCUGAUUCCAGGAUCGACGCGCUGUACAACCCUCUGUCUGCCCCCAUCAAGACCUCUUACCCGCCAUUGGUCGUCGUCGGCGGCAAGUCUCCAGAGACGCAACGCAUCAUGGAGGAGUUGACUGGUACCCUUCCGCACAGAUCCGUCCAGUCUAUCACCAGUCUUGACGAGCUCGCGUCGGCGGACCUGCAGCCCAAGUCCACCUUUGUCGUUUUGUCCGAGAUCGACGACGAGAUCUUCGCUCACCUGGACGAGGACAAGUUCGAGGCCGUCAAGAACCUGCUCUUCCUCGCCGGCAAGAUGCUGUGGCUGACGGAGAGUGCCUGGAUCGACAACCCGCACCAGGCCAGCACCAUCGGCAUGCUGAGGUCCAUCGCGCGGGAGCAUCCCGACCGAGGUCUGACCCUCAUCGACGUCGACUCCGCGAAGGACCUGGACACCAAGUUCCUGGUCGAGCAACUGCUGCGUCUCGAGGACAGCGACGACGACUUCACCGCGGCAUCGACGUGGACCGACGAACCCGAAGUCUACUGGUGCAAGGGUCGCGCCUGGAUUCCCCGCCUGAAGCACGACAAGGCGAGAAAUGACCGCAUGAACUCCUCUCGCCGCCCUGUGCUGGGAGACUUCGACCCCGCCCAGACACCUAUCGCUCUGAAGCAAACGAAGCCUUCGGCAUACUACCUCGAGGCCGUCGAGACGUUCCCGGGCCUGGGUGACACCCAGAAGGCCGAUAACACGACCGUACGUGUCCGCUACGCUCUCUCACAGGCCAUACGUGUGAGCCACCUUGGGUUCUUCCACCUCGUGCAAGGAAACACUUUGGACGGCGCGUCCGUGGUGGCCCUCUCGGAGCAAAACGCGUCCAUAGUCCAUGUCCCGCAAAACCACGUCUUUGCGGCGCCAAGCAAUGCGGCCGACAAGGACCCCGGCGAACUCCUGAUGUCGGUGGCGGCAACACUCAUUGGCGAAGCUGUCUCCCGCGUAGCCCAAGAUUCCGGACCCGCGGCUUCGGUUCUCGUUUUCGAGCCGCCGAGCUUCUGCAUCGGUAUCCUGCUGGAGGAGGCCGAGAGACGGGGCUUCCAAAUCAGCUUCGCCACGACAUCGCCGAGCUUGAAGAGCACCUCCUCCCCCGCCGGUUCCGCUCGAUGGAUCAUCUUGCACGGCAAGGAGACCGAUGGCCGGCUGAAACAGAUUCGCCCGGCCAACCUCACGGCUUUCUUCGACAUGUCGACCGACCAGACCGCCGUUGGUAUCGGCCAUCGCCUGGCCAAUGUGCUCCCCCCCAGUUGCUACAAGUAUGGCUGCGAUUACAUCGUCCGCAGCACAACUUCAUCAUCUUCCAGAGGCUCGGCUCAAGAAGAAAGCGUGGUCGAACAAUCGAUCGCUGCUGCGGCGGGAAGAACUAUCGGCAACGAAGUUUACCAAGUCUUCCCUGCCAGUCAGCUCUCUGGCUCGACCGACAAGCGCCUGGAGCUGUCCACUCUGGUUGACUGGAAGGCGGAGAAGCCGUUAUCGGCAAAUAUCCGCCCGGUCGACUCUGCCAACCUCUUUGUUGACAACAAGACCUACCUGCUUGUCGGCCUCACCGGAGACCUGGGCCGGUCCUUGGCCCGGUGGAUGGUCUUGCACGGCGCCAAGUAUGUCGUUCUCACCAGCAGAAACCCUCGAGUUGAUCCCAGAUGGAUUGCCCACGUUGAAGCUUUGGGCGGAAAAGUUACAGUUUUGCCUAUGGAUGUUGCCAACAAAGAGUCUGUCGACGCUGGCUUUGCCAAACUCCGAGAUUUGAAGCUGCCGCCUACGGCCGGCAUUGCCUUUGGGCCUUUGGUCCUUCAGGAUGUCAUGCUCAAGAACAUGGACCUCCAGUCCAUGACCAUGGUGCUGGAGCCCAAGGUACGGGGCGCGCAGAUCCUCCACGAGAGGUUUUCCGACCCGGCCAGCAGCAACCCGCUCGACUUCUUCGUCAUGUUCUCGUCCAUCGUGGCGGUCAUGGGUAACCCAGGCCAGGCGAACUAUAGUGCGGCAAACUCCUACCUGCAGGCUCUGGCUCAGCAACGGUUGUCCAAGGGAUUGGCGGGUUCGACUAUCGACAUCGGAGCCGUCUACGGUGUCGGGUUCGUCACCAGGGCCGAGCUUGAGGAGGACUUCAACGCGAUCCGGUUCAUGUUCGACUCGGUCGAAGAGCACGAGCUUCACACGCUGUUCGCCGAAGCCGUCGUUUCCGGCAAACAGACGCUCGCGAGGUUCCAGAACGAGGAGAAGCGUGGGAGGACCGUGAUCGAGAUGGCGGACGUCGAGUUGACCACGGGCAUCCCCGCACUCGACCCUGCUCUCAAGGACCGCAUCACGUUCUUCAACGACGCCCGUGUUGGAAACUUCAAGAUUCCCGAGCAGCGAAAGGACGCCGCGGAGGGCGGCGGCGCCAAGGGCUCCGUCAAGGAACAGCUGCAGCAGGCAACGACCUUGGGCCAGGUUCGACAGAUUGUCAUUGACAAUCUGUCGGCAAAGCUGCGUGUCACUUUGCAAAUCGCGGAUGGGGAGAGCCUUCACCCGGAUGUCCCCCUCAUAGACCAAGGUGUCGACUCUCUGGGGGCCGUCACUGUUGGUUCCUGGUUCUCGAAGCAGCUGCUCCUCGACCUUCCACUACUAAAGGUGUUGAGCGGCGCGUCCGUGGCCGACCUGGCCGACGACGCCGCUUCGCGACUGCCGGCGAGCGCCAUUCCCUUGGUCAACCAAGGAGAGGAGACCCCGGCGGACAGCUCCGACGAUACCAGGUCCAACACGGCGACGAAUGAGACUUCCGCCGAAACGCCCCUUACUGGCUCGGUUGACUCGUUGUCGGAUGACGAGGCCGAGAAGUUCGACGACGACGACGGACCCGUCGUCGUACGCCACGAGAAGCUGUCCCUGGCCCAGGAAUACUCCUGGAAGGUCCAGCAGGGGAUCGACGACCCUACCGUCUUCAACAACACCAUUGGCAUGUUCAUGAAGGGCGCCAUCGAUCUCGAGCGGUUCUCGCGGUCUCUCAAGACCGUGAUGCGUCGUCACGAGAUCUUCCGGACGGCCUUCGACCAGGGUGACGACGACGACUCCGACUCGGACAAGAUCCUCCAGCAAACGGUCCUCAAGCAUACGAACAACAAGGUCCAGAUCCUGCAGGUUGCAGACCGAGCGGCGGCGGAAGAGGCGUACCAGAAGCUCCACGAGACAAGGUACGACAUCGCAAGGGGCGACACGCUCAGGCUCGUCGACUGCCACUGGGGCAACGACGAGCACCUGUUGAUCGUUGCCUACCACAGGCUCGUCGGCGACGGAUCGACCACGGAGAACCUCUUUGUUGAAGCAGCGAAGCACUACAGCGACGUGCCGCUGAAGCAGCCGACGGUUCAGUUUGCCGACCUCGCCGCCCAGCAGCGCAAAGACCUGGAAGAGGGCCGUCUCGACGAGGAUAUCUCGUUCUGGAGCUCCAUGCACAGCAAGUCAUCCGCGUCCACGCCGCUGCCACUCAUGCAGACCUUGACGAGCGACGGCGACGCCUCGUCGCAAGAACCAAAGGGAGCGGCGGGCAUCUGGCACCAGCACGAGGCGAUCGGGCGUCUGGAUCCCAUGGUCGCCUUCCGCAUCAAGGACCGCAGCCGGAAGCACAAGGCGACCCCGAUGCAGUUCUACCUGGCCGCCUACCACGUGUUGCUGUCGCGCAUGACGGGCAGCGACGACAUCGCCAUCGGCAUCGCCGACACCAACCGCUCCACCAUGGACGAGCUGUCGGCCAUGGGCUUCUUCGCCAACCUUCUCCCGCUUCGGUUCGGCGAGUUCACCUCCUCCAACACCUUUGGCGAGCACCUGGUGUCCGUCAAGGACAGCGUGAGGGAGGCCCUGAAGCAUUCCCGCGUGCCCUACGGCGUCAUCCACGACCGCCUUGGCUCCGGUCUGCCUACGGCGACCACGGGCGCCCCGCUGUUCCAGGCCGUCUUCGACUACAAGCAAGGCCAGGCCGAGAGCGGCGCGAUUGGCGAUGCCGUCAUGACCGAGGUCAUCGCGGCCCGAGAGCGCACCCCUUACGACGUGGUGCUCGAGAUGUCGGAUGAUCCCACCAAGGAUCCUCUCAUCACCGUCAAGCUGCAGGGCUCCAAGUACUCUCCUCAGGGUUCUCGUGCCUUCUUAAAUAACUACAUCUCCCUUCUGUCCAUGUUCUCCAUGAACCCCGCUUUGAAGCUGGCAUAG